AAAUUCCUUCUAAUGGGUUUUAGCCUCUCCGGCUGCUUCUCCUUCUUCAUCUCUCUCACUCAUCAGAAAAAAGGGUUUUAGGGCUAUUUUCUAUCUCUAGGGUUUUGGGCGCCAUGGACAGGUACACGAAGGUGGAACAGAAGAAACCGGAUAUACCUAUCAACGAGAAUGAGAUCAGAAUCACUUCUCAGGGCUUGGUUCGUAACUACGUCAGCUAUGCUACUACUCUUCUUCAGGAGAGACGUGGGAAAGAAAUUGUGCUGAAAGCAAUGGGACAGGCAAUUAGCAAGACAGUAACCAUUGCAGAAUAUAUCAAGAGAAACAUUCCUCGAUUGCAUCAAGAUACUCAAAUCAGCUCAAUAAGCAUAACUGAUGUUUGGGAACCUAUCGAAGAGGGUCUUUUCCCUGUGGAGAUGACUCGCCAGGUGUCAAUGAUAUCAAUUACUUUGUCAACCAAGGAGCUAAACAAGAAUUCACCAGGGUACCAAGCUCCACUCUAUGUUGAGAGGCCAAGGCCACAGUAUAACAAUUAUCAGAGACAACAACAACAACCAAGAAACACACAGCAAGCUUACAAUGUGAUCAAUGAAGAGCCAUAUGGUGGAAACUACCAUGGAAACAGGGGGGGGUCGUGGUCAAGGUGGGGGAAGAGGAGGGAGGGGUCGUGGGUGGAACAGGGGUGGGGUGGUGGUGGCAGGGGGUAUGGGAACUAUCGAGGCGGCAGGGGGUAUGGAAACUAUCAAAGUGGUGGUGGUGGUGGUGAUUACGGAAACAACUAUCAAAGUGGUGGUGGUGGUGACUAUGGAAACAGCUAUCAAGAUAACAAUGGUUAUGUAAACCGUGGUCGAGGUGGGGCCCGUGGUGGGAAUGCAGGCUACCGUGGAGGUGGGUUCAUGAGAGGAGGUGGUGGCAGGGGGGUUGGAGGUGGAGGUGGAAGAGGAAGGGGGAGGAUGGGCGGCCGGUCUAGGGAAGGUGGUGAGCCACAGCAACAGUAGGCGGCUAGUGGUGGUUGGUUUGCUCUAUUUAAGCAGUAAUUAGUGAUUUUAUUAUCUAAAAAAAAUCUAAUGAUGUUUUUUUUUUCUUCUUUUCUUAUUUGGUUAUUGGGCGAGGUUUGUUAUUAUCUAUGGUGUUUUGGUAAUUGUUAUAUAUAGCAAAAGGAGCAAGUCUUCUUUGUUCUACUAGUACUAGGUAGGAUGAUUGCUUUGGGUAUAUUCUGAUCUGAGCUACUUUUUUCACUGUAUAUCGCCAUAAAAAAGGUUUGCUUUCAUUA